AAUAAAAAACAAAUCUCCUUCCCCUCCCUCUCUCUCUUCAAAACUAUUAAGUAUUAACAAAAUACAUACUUGAAUAUUUUUAUUCAUAUUACUAGAAUUUGUUUGCCAGUCAAACAAAACUAACUCAAUGUCACAAAGUUUCAAUCUAUUUAUUUUUACACUAAUACUCAAAAGUAAUCAUCAACUUCAAAGCUGAGCAGACCGGCAACCACCCAUACCCCAGGCCUCCCCCAUCUUCCUAUAUAUUUCAUCAAUUAGAUGCAAAGCAAUGUCAUAUCUUAAUACAAACCAACACAUCACUGUGUGUCUUUGUGUUUGUGCCAUUGUCUGAGAGAGAGAGAGAGAGAGAGAGAGAGAGAGAGAUGGAGCUGUACUCAAAGGAACACCAAGGUUUGUUGGAAGAGUUACUAGGCCUAAGAGAGAUGGAGCAGUACAACACACACAAUCAAGAAUUCAACACAAGUUGGAACAUUCUGGAAGAUGUUUCCAUCCCAACAAGCACUUGCUUCCAAGAUUUCUAUCUCCCCAUGGACCAAACCCUACACUACAGCGCCCCGUUUGGCGACGGCCUCUCGCCUCCCUCAGAUUCAUCAAACACCAGAAUCAACUCCCAAACACUCCCUUACAGUACUGUCGCCCCGCAACCACAAGACUACUACUGCAACGCCUUCUCCAUUCUUCACGACGAAGACGCCGCCGUUUUCGGAAACGGGUUCCGCGAUUUGGAUAUCGGGGCCCCGCUCAAGGCCGAACCCGGCCUGCCCGCUUUCGACAUGGGUUUUAGCCAUCAAAGUGAGAGGAAGAGCAAGAUGAAGAAGCUCAACGGCCAGCCCUCCAAGAACCUCAUGGCGGAGCGCCGCCGCCGGAAGCGCCUCAACGACCGCCUCUCCAUGCUUAGAUCAGUCGUUCCCAAGAUAAGCAAGAUGGACAGAACAUCAAUACUCGGUGACACCAUAGAUUACGUGAAAGAGCUGCUUCAGAGCAUAAAUAAUUUGCAAGAAGAAAUGAAUUUGGGGGGAAAUGAAUUGGAGUUGUUGAGCUUAUUCAAGAACGCCAAGCCUGAAGAAAUGUUGAUCAGAAAUUCACCAAAGUUUGAAGUGGAGAGGAGGGAGUCAGAGACAAGAAUAGGGAUAUGUUGCGGUGGAAAGCCAGGGUUGUUGCUAUCAACAGUGACAACUCUAGAGGCAUUGGGCAUCGAUAUUCAGCACUGUGUUAUUAGCUGCUUCAACGAUUUCGCAAUGCAAGCUUCGUGCUCUGAGGAUCUGAAGCAGAGGGCAGUGUUGGAUGCAGAAGACAUAAAGCAGGCACUGUUUAGAAACGCAGGAUAUGGAGGAAGAUGUCUAUGAUAAGCAACUACCAAUUUAUUUGAUUUCGAAUUAUAUUGUGUAUUCAGUUCUGCUGAGGUUAUAUAAUAAUUUUCCGUGGAGUAGGUUAAUCUCAAGUUUCUAAUUUAUUUUCGAGUGAAGGAUGUAGUUAUUAUUUUUUUUUUCCUCAAAAGAUUUACUAGUUUAUUUUGAUUGUUUCGUUAAUAAAAUUGAAUUGGAAUAUAUAGUUUUUGACA